UAGUUUGCCGUGAGCGCUCGUGACGCGCGGACGUUCUGUGAGCAGAGCAGCGAGCUCGAAGCUUUCCUAUCUCCCACUGUGGACGACACAGGAAACGAGCGUGCAGGCAAGUUACGAACGUGCGAACGGGUCAUUUUCCUGACGAACGAUAUCUUCAUACGGACGAGAGCAGUGGCUACAGUGCGAAAGCCGCCGGAAAUUAUUUCUUCUUCUCGAAUUGACGAAAAAGCGUUGUAUUAAAUUUCAAAAACGUGGACUAUUCGUCGCGAACUUGGAGUUCGUGUUCUUCAUUGACGGAAAAAGUGUACCAGAGAGAUUCGUCGAUCGAAGUUGGAAGAUCAGUCGACGCCCGUUCGAUCGGAAUGCUCCAGAGGUCAGACAAACCAGCUGAUCGCGAAACCGUCUUACCGGUUUGAUGUUCUUUGUGGGGUUUGUCUUGUGCGCGUCGUGACGUGGAUAGAGAAGAGAGAAAGAGACAGCUGAGUGAUAGACAGCUGAGAAGACGCACGUGAGGAAAUAAAAAAAUAAAAAAAAACACGGAAUACAGUUUAAAGGGAAAGAAAAACGAACUUCUCUCGUGUUUCGAGACAUAUUCUUCCGAAUAUUCUUCUGGUCACUCCGAGUUGCGCGCGGCGCCUGUUUUAAUCUCGCGCGGCGCCGACACCUGCUACUGCAACAACCAACUGCGCGGGAGGUUUUGUCGCGGAACUUUCGUGGCGCCGCCGUGGUAUCGCGCGGUGUGCGCGGGGUGACAGCUUAAAGUUCACGAGCGCAAGGUGUGGGACGGAGUGCGCGGGCGCGCGCGCGUGCGACAUAAAGGAAGAUAGAGAGAGGGACAGAAAACGAAACACGAAACUCGCUCCCGAGAAAGUUUACUCGCGACGUGCCGGUCGCUCCGGAAAGAACACCUCACUUCCCUACGCGCGCUCGCACCGCGUGCCGGAGGAAGCCGUCGAGCGGAAGCGAAGAAAGGAGACAGAAGAGGAAACGAAGAGGGAACGGUCGGGAACGAGAGACAGAAAGAGAGCGCACACUCGUCACCGUGCGCGCUCGUUUAUCGUUGUCAACCCCCGCGCCUCUUUACCGCCUUUGUGUUCCUCGUGAUCGCCGUGCCUUCGGGUGGACGCUUAUGGCUCGCCAGUAGGAGGGAAAAACAGACGGAAGAGCGAAGGACAGAGAGACAGAAGGACAGAGACGGAUAGAGACCGGCGAGGCAGAUAUUUCCCGCUCCGCGAAGGGGGGGCAGAGAGAGAGCACCCCAGAGAACUGAAUAUGUCCGCCAAGCGAAAGGCCACUGCCAUCAUGCAACACCACAAGGAGAACAUCUCGACCCCGGAGCCCACCGACAUAUCCGAGGACGAUCACUACCCGAGCGCGCUCAUGAAAGACCCGGAUAAGCUGAAGCUGAUGCUGCUCGCGUGGAAUUAUAAUAUCCAGGCGCAAGCACAGGCGCAGGCCCAGGUCCAGGCUGCCAACGCGGCUCUCUCGCCAAAUAACUCAUCGACCACCACGGCUACCACCAUUGGCACACCUGUCACCAGCCAAUCAGCCAUUUCUACGGCAAACAACACCAUCAACAACUCUACACUCACAGAUUCCCGAAACGGCUCUUCGGAAUUGGUGGACAUGCCGCCGGGAACCAUUCCGAAUCUGAGCGCCAUAGCGAGUAGUGAAGACAUGGCUUCCUUGUGGGCGACUUACACCAACUUGACUUUCAAGAAGACACCGCCACCAGCAUCGUCGGCAACGCCCUCGCGGUCGGAUCGCGAUCGUGAGUCCAGUCCGCCCGGCGGCGAGGGGACGGGAAGCGUUCACGAUGAGACCAGCAGUAGUGGCAAUAAGGAAGACGAGGAUGACGAUGAUAUAGACGCGGACGAGGGACUGGAUCCAAGACAUCACGAUCCGGAACGUCUCAAGGCGUUCAACAUGUUCGUGAGGCUGUUUGUCGACGAGAACCUGGAUCGCAUCGUGCCGAUCUCAAAGCAGCCGAAGGAAAAGAUACAGGCGAUCAUCGAUAGUUGCACAAGACAAUUUCCUGAGUUCGCCGAGAGGGCCAGGAAAAGGAUUCGAACGUACCUGAAGAGCUGUCGAAGAAACAAGCGCGGCAGGGACGGUUCAUGGGACCCCGCCAGACCCACACCGGCGCACUUGACCUCCGUGCAGGCCGAGCAGAUUCUGGCAACUGCUUGCGAAAACGAGAGCGAAAAUGCGAAACGUAUGAGAAUCGGUAUGGAACCUGUGUCGCAGCCCAUGCCAACUCUUCCUGCCGCAACGCAAACGGACGUUCGAUCAAGUUUGGAGCACUUCUCGAGCACACCGGUUAAAUCACUUCCGUGUAAGAGGGAGGAUACCCCACCGGCAUCGUUAACGUCCCUGGCACCGUUGACCAGUUUGGCGAACUUACCGAACAACACCAUUUCCUCCACGCCGCUGUCGAUCGCAUCCGCGUCAAAGCUGCUCACAACAGACAACAAGAGUCUCUUGAGCCAAUCGACGAUAGUCAGUUCGACGGUGAAUGGUGUCGCCAGUGGCGGUGCACCGACUAUGUACAGACCCAACUUCAGCCAAGCGUUCCAACGCGCCGGGCCCACAACGCCCCUACCGCCGACCCUCUCGGCCGGGCUAUAUCCGACUCAAAGUUUUACGUCGAGUCUACUAAGCAAUGGACCGACGGAUCUUAGCAUGAAGAACCCACCAAAGCCCGCUCUGCUGAGCCAUAAACUAAACUCGGUGGAAUUGACCGCGGUGAAGCAACUGAUAGGUGGAUAUCGAGAAUCAGCCGCCUUUCUGCUCAGAUCCGCCGAUGAGCUGGAGCAACUGUUGCUCCACCAGCCAUAGAGCUACGUUUAUUUGGCCAGCGUGCGGCAGCUUGGCUCGUAGUCACAACGAUUGGCGGGAAAGCGACGCGAGUAUUGAUAGACACACACACACACACACACACAACGUACACACUCCCAGCGCGCCUGUGUGAGCAUCGAGAGUAACGUCGGGUAUCAGCGUAGAUUCGUUUCUUCAAGGCCGUUUGUACCGCUACUCUGCCGGCAAUUCGCGGCUCUACCACACGGAGACUUAUCCUUCGCGGCAAAACGGUCCACUUGGGCGAAAUAAAAACGCAAUUCAAUUCAACAAGACGAGACUGGAAAUCUGCGUUUUCCCGAAUUGGUGACAUAAUAGAGGUUUAUAGAUUUAAAUGUCGUAAUUUAAAAUUGACGAAACAAGUUUGAGAGAAUAAUUCAAGAAAUUAAUUCGGACUAGUAUGAUGCGUGUUUUCGACAAGAGUCGACAGGCUAUAAUCACGACGAAAAAUUUAUACUGGGAAUAGUCCGACCUUUUAUGAGAAUUCGUUGUUAAACGUUGAAAGCGCCAAAAAAAAAACAAAAAAAAAACAGAAGAGUUCCACGAUAUACAUAAUAAUUCAUUAUACGCGUCGUCGCGAUAUUUCUAAUUCUAGGUUUAAGAAAACUAUUCGAACAGGGUGUACAUAGAAAAAGAUAUUUACUUAAUUACUGAUAAGCUUAAAGGGUAAUGCGCGACGAGCUAGGAUGCGUGCGUAAGCAAUGUAAGAAAAAAAGUCGAAAGAGGGAAGAAGUUUCCAUCAGACGACAGGUCAUUCGGAAGCGUGUGUGUUAGUAUUUUCUAACAGACGGACGAAAACGUUCCGAAACUUCUUCUUUUAUGGCCGGGAGACGCGCCUGCAUUUUUUUUCCUAUACAGAUUCGUAAGCUUCGAAAAAAAAAAGAACCGUUCGUGAGAGCUCCAUAAAUCUACUCUGCAAUUAUAUUCUUAAUCGUUUUGAUGACGGCCGACGAAAAGCUGUCGCGUGCGUUCUUACGAGACGGUAAUUUCGCUAAUCUAUUUGUUGUCGUUAUGUACAUAUGACGUAAAUGAUAUAUGACGAGUAUAGUUACUCUCGUGAAAAAGCUCGAUUAAUUUUACGCGCGCGGAAUCGCGCCAUUUACUUCGAGAGUGGCGUGCAUACAUACACAUUCGGAGAAGCGAUUCGAUAUACGAGAAACAACGUGAUAAAAAUUUAAAUUUUGGAGAGAUUAUCAAAAUUAUUGAUUUUUCGCCAUUUUUGGAGUAAAUGGUGGAUCACGGAUCAAGAUUUUACGACCAGUCAUAUGUGUAUAUAGAAAGAUAAUGCAUCUUCUGUGCAUUGGAUACACAUGUAUAUAGUGCGUAGGUCGUAAGACAAGAUGGAUAUCGUUAAUUAGUUAAGUAAUUAACGAUAACUGUACAAUAGCGUCGAUAAGUUAGUGUCACUCUGAAAAGCGGAGGAGCUCUUCUAGUAAUCGAGAGUAUAAUUUCGGGACCAUCUUGUCACGAUCGGACAAUACGUUACAACCGUAUUCGUGGUCUCCGGACGCGUCAUUGUGUUACCAAAGAACACUAAUUAUUAUGGAUAAUGUAUAGUUGUACGUAAGGGUCGCGUUCUUCUCCUUCUUUCCGUUAUUCCUUUCAGGCGACGCUUUUUUUUGCGGAAGCGCGAAAUCAUUUUCCCCAUCGACUAAUCAGACGGAAAGUAGUUAUUAAACACCACUAUGUGGAUUACGUGAUAACUAUACACGCUGUUUCGAAUUAUGUUUAUUCAUUACUUUUUUUUCUUUUAUUACCAUUAAUACAUUAUUAUCGCUAGGCUAUAUAAUAAUAUAAUUAUUUUUUUUUAUUAUUAUCAUUAUCAUCUAUUGUUAUUACCAUCACGAUUCAUAUAUCAUUUUCAUUAAUUAUUGUUCGCGAAUUGAAGAAUUGCGAGAAGGUAGUACGCGAGAUAAUGCAAAUAGUUUAUUCUGUCUCCAACGUCAUUUUUCCACGGAAAGAAAAUUCCGCUCGUUAAUUCUUUUGCCGUUAUUUUGUACAUAGUUUAUAUACAUUAUAAACAAAGUGCAUAUAAAAAUCGCGAAAAAUUAAUUUGCUUAAGUAAUUAGAUACAAAGAAUAUAUAUAUAAAUAUAUAUGUAAAUGCGAAAUAUCUUUAUGGGAACGAUUAUCGAGUACUGUCACCGAAGAACAUUCCAAUGUGAGAAAAGAGCAAACAGAAAAGUAGACAAGGAAAAGGAUGGACAAGAAAAACUUAGAGAAAGAAUUUUAUUAAAGAAAUAAAGUAUAUGAAGGAAGAGAGAAUGAGAGAAAGAGAGAGCGAGAGAAUAUGUGUGCUUGUGUAUGUGCGAUUAUUGAACAUGCGCUCAUCGAAGAUUUUAUGGAAAUCACGACUUUUAUUGACCCGACAAUAGUCGUACUUCCAUUUUCCUUUUCCGUUUGCGAGCAAAUUGCCGCGCGGUGAAAACGCGCGCCCGUCGUUGUCGAUCGAAAUCACAAUAAUGUUCGCGGCAAUUUAGUGAGAGAGAGAGAAAGAGAGAGAGAGAGAGAGAGAAGUAUCGAAUAAAACGUUUCGUCAAUUGGAAAUUAAUUCUUAUCACCUCAAUCAUUUGAAACUCCAAAUGCUUUGCGAAGAUGGUACACACGCCGCCGCCCUCCUCGCGAAUAUAAUUUUCUCGCCCGUAAGAGUAAACGGAGACUCGUCUCUUUAAUCGAACACAGUGCAAUAGUCUAUAGAUACCGUUGUUCUACCGUGUAUUUGUCAAUCGUCGUCACGAGAUCAUGCUUCUGUCAUGCACGACAUAAAUAGUCAGCUCAGCCAUCUCCCCCCCUCCCCCGCUCACCUAUCUCCGCUCUGAUCCCCUCUGGUUUCAAGCAGGCAUCACAACUUCUUCGUGGAUAUUAGCAAGUUACUGACAAGUUCAUAUCUUACCACUUAGCAUCACUAGCGUACAUUUAUAACGUAAUUCACCCUCAGAUCUUUGUAGCCACACAUCGCGAGGGCCGAGCUCCGUUUUGCGUACCACAUGUUUCUCCCUCACCCUCGAAUCCGAUGACCAAUAAUGUUCACUGCGCGUUUUGCUAAUAAAUAUGAUAUAAUAUACCUCGACGAAUCUAGGAUUUGUGGAUUCGUGACAUAUAUUCGAGAACUAAUUGAAAAGAAUUGAUUGUAAAUAUUAUUUUCGACCAAGUAAGAAUCGAAUCCAAAUAAGAAUCGAAUUGAUCCUGUCAUCGAUAACACUAGUUUACAAUCAAAAAUUAUUUUGAACCGAGCAAGGUGUUUCUCAUAGUUUUUUGGAUACUAAAAACGAUGUCGCAAGCCAAAUUGUUUUGGAAAUCUAUCGAGCUGACGAAAAUUUGGCUUGCGCGACAUCGUUUUCAGCAUCCAAAAGAUUAUGAGAAACAUUUUACUUCAAAAUAAUACAAAAAUUUCUUGUAAACUAGUGUAAUUGUUGCCUUUUUCGUACCUCAAGUGAAAAACCUGAGUCUAUCAUACAUUCGAAACAUGGAGUAAAAGGAAAAGGGAAAGACGAAGGAGACGAGAUAGAGGAGAAAUUUAUGGAGACCGAAGAAACGUGCGACACCACUCUGUUCUUCUUUCUUUUCCUACGUUCGAUAAAAACGUAUCCGUCGUGUACCUUAAUUCGCCUACGCGGAAGUGCAGAUCUACUGUUCAUAUAUAGUCGCGAAUCGAUGUAUAUUGAUUAAAGAAAAAAAAAAUAUGUAUUUGUUCCUAAAGAAAAUAUUAAGAGUAGUAAUAUACCGUAAAAGAAUAUUAAUAUUAAAUAGUAACGAUAACGAUAAUUUGAUGGUACAUACUUUCUUAUAAGUAACAUUACACAUUACUACGAUUAUUGUAGAGUUGGUACGGUUCUUGAGGAUGCCUUGCCUGUAAAUGUAACAUACGUUAAAUGAAAAAAAAUCUUAUUAUCUUGUAAAUGUUUUACCAAAUAUAAUCGAUUAUUCAACUUAUA